UGCACAGGGCACCACGCGUUGGCUCCGCUCGUCUUCGGCCGUUGGCUGAGCGAGGCCUCUGAGCAAGUCGGUUGGCGCCCGACUUGGCUCAAGGUCAGGCCUGUCCGGGAACAGCAAGAAGAAGUUGGGCCGGCCCGUGAGAAGCCCAAAGGGUCCCCGCCACGAUGGCAGAUAAAGGCAAAAAGGGGGACAAGCCGGGGGCACCUCCUCCAGGCGGCAAGAAGGAGGGAGAGCAACCGCCGGGGGAGGGGAAGAAGGGGAAGGACGAGGGGAAGGGGAAGGAGGAGGAAAAGAAGGGGAAGGAGGAGGAAAAGAAGGACGAGCCGCCGCCCAAGCCCAAAUCCGUGCAGCCCAAGGACAAUGUGGGCACGCGGAAGGGGUGCCGCCGCUACAGGUGGGAGUUGAAGGACAGCAACAAGGAGUUCUGGGCGAUGGGGCACGCCGAGGUCAAGCUCCUGAGCGUGGGCUGCCUGAUCGCUGCGCUCGUCAUGUUCACCGGCACCGUGGUGCACCCGCUCCUCUCGCUCAUGAUCACCAUGGAAAUGUCCGUCUUCCUCUUCUUCAUCGUCGUCUACACCUUCGCCAUCAACAGAUACAUGCCCUUCAUCCUGUGGCCCAUCACUGACCUUCUCAACGACCUGUUCGCCACCGCUUUCCUGGCAGGCGCUGUGGGCUUUGCUGUGCAAUCUCGCCAAACCAUGCCAGUGAACUACUUUGUUGCUGUGAUCCUUAUCGGUUUGGCCGCAUUUUUCCCUUUAAUCGAUAUAUGCCUUCAAAGAAAACACUUCAGAGGCAAGAAGGUCAGAAAGAAUGUGCUGGUUCCUCCUCAAAAAAUGGCAGGUGCUUCAAAGGAAGAGCCAAAAGCGGAGGCAGCAAAGCCAAAGGACGACAAAAAGGGAAAGCCGGCGCCAGCAGCAGCAGCAGCAGCGGGAGGAGCAGCACCAGCAGAAGCAGCAGCAGCAAAGCCAGGCAAGAAAUGACACCAAGGAGAAGCCGGUGGUCAGACGUGGCCGUGUAUUUUACAACGAAGCAGAGUCCCACCCACUGUCUUCCUUGUCUUCUUUCUCAAUGAUUUUCUUGUCCACUUAAAUAACCACCUCU